AUGACCCACCGGUGCGGCCACAUGGACCUGUUCAAGAUCAACUGCCCCGCCGACAGCGACACGACGACGUGCCCACCACAUCGACGGACCGCGGGAAGCGGCGGCGGCGGCCACCAGGACGCGGCGGUGCGGCGCACCGCCUCGGAGCGCUGGGCCCUCCAGGUCUGGCGGCCCUGGGUGGCCGAGCACGCCAAGACGGUCUGGAACUGGGCCUGGUUCAACAGGGAGGAGGACCUCGAGCGCCUCGACAGGCUGGACUACUGCAGGGUCCGGAUGAGGCGGCCCACGGUCGUGGAGCCGACGUAUGUGCUGUACGAUGACGACGACGAGGAGGACAUUGUGGCCGGGCAGCAGAGGUGGGCCGGGGAGCUCGGCGUCGUCAUGCCGCCGCUGCGGUACAAUGUCUUGCCGAUGGAGGAGCAGCUGAUCAUGAUCGAGGCCGAGGCGGCGAGGCGGGAGCUGGCGCGCCGUGCUGCUGUUGAUGCUGCGCGGCGUGGUGUUGGUCGGCUUGGUGGGCGUGAGAAUGGAAGCGGUGGUGGUGCGAGCGUUGUUGAUCCGGUUGACGAUGAUCAAAAUGGUGACGAUCAAGAUGGCGACGAUCAAGAUGGCGAUGGAGCUGCCGGUGUGGCCUCGGAGGACGAAGCGGAGCAGGGCCCCCUUCUCAGCUCACCAGACCCUGGAGGUGGGGAUAGGGCUGCCGAGAAGUAA